AUGUCAGACGUGUCUGCUCCCUCUAAUACACCUGCUACCCCCCCAAAUGUUGUUCCUCAGCCUCCACCGCAAUCUGGCCGCACGUCCUGGUCCCAUAAAGAUGUUGUCAGCAUGCUGGAAUGCCUCAAAGUCCAUGUAGCGGAGGCGGGCGAAGGUGGAAACUUUACGAAAACUGUGUUUACGCAGGUUGCUGUUGAGGUGAACAAAAUCCGGAGCCAGGGUGCACCGAAGACGGCAGAAACCUGCAAGACCAAAUACCGCAAUCUCAAGGCUGUGUACGACCUUGUUAGCUCUAUACAAGGCAACUCCGGGUGGUCCUGGGACAACAGAAACGGCGCGAAUAUCACUCACGAGAAAACGGGCAUCUGGGAAGCCUACGUGACACGCUAUCCCAAGGCGGCCCCUUUCCGCAACGAGGGCUGGGUCUAUCUCGAAGCAUUUGAUGCGCUUGUGCCAUCUACGGCCAAAGGACAGCAUGCCUACCGCACUUCGAAAGGCACUGCCAACCCUGCGGCGACACUUCUCUCCACUGAAAGCGGCCCUGGAGAGUGUGAGCAAGUGCGUGAGCCCAGUCCAGAGUGGGACAUUUGCAAGGACAGUGCGGCAGAUGCAGAGAAUCACUCGGGACGUUCUACGCCUUCGAUUACGGAACCACUUCAAGAUAGCGAAGCUUCGAAACCGACAAAAUUAACAGUGGAGUCCAUAUCUACUGGGGCGCACCGCACCACGGAUACUGUCACCACACCCAUGCGAAAGCGCUCUGCAACAUCGUCGCUCCCACCCACGCAAUCAGAGAAGAAACCUCGCAAUGUGACUGGUCCAGCCGCGCUCCUCAAUUUAAGUGAAUCUGUUGACCGUUUUGGCAGCAUUUUCCAAUCAGCGUUGGUGGGUUCAAGUGCUCUGGUGCCCACACCUUCUGUCUCUGUAUCUGUGCCUGCAUUACCGGCGUUGGACUCAUCACCUGCUCGCAAGCAGACUGCUAUGCAGCAUUUGCAGCGGACACAGGAUUGGUUGUCGGUACAGGAGAAGUUGAGAAUGGUCAAGCUUUUUCAAAAGGAUAAAGAUGCAGCACUUGCUUACAUGAGUUUAGAAUCAGAGGAGCUUUCGAAAUUAUGGAUUACAGAUAUGUUAUAUGGUUUAGAUUAG